AACAAAGUUGAAAAAACAGAAAGGUAGAAGAAAUUUGAAGGGAAGGCAAGAAAUUAAACAAGCACUGCAAACUUGAGAAGAAUAUGAGUACAAGAACAAUCAUUUGUUGCCUGCUAUUUAUUCACCUGGCUGCUCUUGUAUUCUGUUCAGGCCCUUUGUCGAUCUCCACCGAGCAAAAAGACGUAACUACCCCUAUCACGACGGUCCCAACUGUCAAUCCAUCAACCGAGGUCAUAAACCCGAUUUCUUCAAACCCCGAGAAGCCUAUGGUGAUGAACCCCAAUAAUCCCUCAACUAUCCCUUUAGAAACAAACACGCGACCUGUCGGAAGUUGGUGCAUUGCAAUGCAGUCUGUGCCACAGGCUGCAUUGCAAGUCGCAUUGGACUACGCGUGUGGGCAUGGUGGGGCCGACUGCUCGGCUGUCCAGCCUGGCGGCCGCUGUUAUUACCCGAACACGGUUAGGGACCACGCAUCUUACGCGUUCAAUAGUUAUUACCAGAUGAACCCGAUUCCGGCCAGCUGUAAUUUCGGUGGGGCUGCAGUUAUUACAAGCACCAACCCGAGUUAUGAUUCAUGUCAAUUUCCAACAACUAGCACGAGUUCGUCGGUAUUGAAUAUAAGCAGUUCGAGUGGGUCCCAUGUGUUUGGUGCUGGUCGACCAUACACGCCUACGACUUCUGCAGUUGUCAUGAGUCGGUUUCCUUCUUCUAACUGGCUGUUAGCGUCUGUAGCCGUUUUAUUAUUUGUCCCACGGUGCAUAUAACUAAGGACCGGAUUUUAUUUAAGAACUGUAAGGAAAUCGCUCGAUUUUAGUAGGUAUUGAUAUCUUUGUGCUGCAUUUAUUAGUUUUGUCUGAUAUGUUAGUAGGUAUUGAUAUCUUUGUGCUGCAUUUAUUCGUUUUGUCUGAUAUGUUGACCAUCUUGGUAAUUGUAAUCAAUUGAAGGAGUGUAGAUGAACUUGAGCUUGAUUACUAAUUACCAGAUUAUUGCAGUGUA